AUGGUCGUGCGCAGGGAGUCUCCCAGGCUGGAGCGAAGUGUCGUUUUCCGUGGCAACUUGCGGGGGAAGCGGGAGAAGUUGUUCCCCGAUAUCGUGUCAAGGUUCAGGGAGCUAUUUGGCGACAAAUACACCGUGUUCCUCAUCGAAGACAUGGAAAGGGAGGCAGUCGACAGCGACCAGGGGCCCUGGGCGGCCAUCCAGGUCAUGCCCACGGCAUCGGCGGUCCCCCAAGAGAUGCCCUCAUGGGCCAUGCUGCUCGUUGGCGCCUUGGUCCUGUUCACGAUCGGGACGUCGUUACAGUUGGGGCUGGUGGCCAACAUCGGGAGGCUGCCCAAGGAGACGGUCGAGUGGCUGGCGCACCCUGAGGCCUCCAACUCAGACGUACCGCCCCUGGGCCUGGAUUCUAUGGACACCUUUGCCUUUUCUCUGUCCACUCUCUCCAUCACAAGCGCUGUCCUCCUGCUGCAGGGCACCCAUGAGCUGGGCCACAGGCUGGCGGCUUCCUUUCGCAACGUCAGGCUGGGUCCUUCCUUCCUGCUUCCCAACACACAGCUGGGAACCUUUGGGUCCGUUACUCCGCUGAAGUCACUGGCACAGAAUCGCACAGAGCUGUGGGAUGUGGCCUUUGCCGGCCCUGCGCUAGGGGGGUUGGCCUCCAUGGCAGCACUCAUUGCAGGGCUGCUCCUGGCCUCGGACCCUGGCAUGGACCACCAGCUGCUGGUUCCUGUCCCUUCUGGUCUGCUGCAAGGCAGCGUGGGGGUUGGCAGCCUGUUGAAGUUGAUUCUUGGCCAGCAAGCGGCACAGCCUGAGGUGUUGCUGCACCCCCUCACUGUUGCAGGUUGGUGCGGCCUGACAACGACAGCCCUGAACCUUCUGCCGGUGGGGCAGCUCGAUGGCGGGCGGCUCAUGCUGUCGGCCUAUGGCCCCCGGGCGCUCAACAUCACAUCCCUCUUCACAUACGUGGGCCUGGCCUUCGGCAUACUGGGCAGCUCGCUGGCACUGCCCUUCGGGCUGUUCGUCCUCAUAUGCCAACGGGAUCCAGAGCCCAACGUCCAGGACACGUUGAGCCCCACAACUGGGGGCCGAAAAGUCGCCACCGGCGUGAUGGCCGCCCUUGCGCUGCUGAUCCUAUUGCCUUUCGGCCCUGCGGCAUCCGACAUGGCAUCAAACAGUCCAGGGGGUAUGCUCAUGUGA